CAUGGUGUGGGGCCUGCGGAGUAGAGCAAUUUGGACCGCAAAACAUCUGUCAAAAGUCAAACCCACAAGUGAAGUAAGCUAAUACGGAGUAACACAUUCCAAUCUGUCCUCUCAUUGCCACUUGCAGAGAUGCUUAGGGUGUGCCCCACCACACCCUAGAUUUUCCUCCCCACCCCACCCCACCAAAUGCAUGCAAGACCCCACCCCCAAUAUUAUUGUGACACCUCAGGAUUCAUUCAUUUUUUGCGCCCACACAAACACACAAGUCCUCCUCCAUCAUCACCACCUUCCCAAAUGGAUCAGCAGCAGAAAGUGGUGAUCAGGGUGCUCACCAUGACUGAUGACAGGACAAAGCAAAAAGCCAUUGAAGCUGCUGCUGACAUUUACGGGAUAGAUUCAAUCGCUGCGGAUCUAAAAGAGCAGAAGCUGACAGUGAUAGGAGUGAUGGAUGCAGUUGCAGUGGUGAAAAAGCUGAAAAAAGUGGCCAAAGUCGAAAUUGUGUCGGUUGGGCCUGCCAAGGAAGAGAAGAAAGAAGAAAAGAAAGAGGAGGAAAAAAAGGAAGAGAAAAAAGAGGACGAGAAAAAAGAGGAAGAGAAGAAAGAAGAAGCCAAACCAGAAGAAAAGAAAGAGGAGAAGAAAGAGGAGCAGAAGUGACAACGCACCUUUAUAUUUUCUCUAAUCCUCCCUUUCAAUAUUUCUGUUUCAUCAGCUCAGAGCCUCAGACAAUGUAAUUGUUUAGCCGAUAAAAGUUGGUUCCAAUCUGAGCAGAGAAUAUAUACAUAUUACCAACUGAAUAAGAAAAUCAGUGUUUAUCU